CCACUGAAGUAACCAAGCCCCCUACGGGAGAUACCGGGAGGCUGUCGCCAGUUUGUCCACAGUGAGUCCCUGCCACCGGAGGAUCCGAACGGAGGAAGGUCGACGCGAAUAAUGCGAGCAGCCCAGUAACGCGGAGUGGAGACCAACAGAACCGCCGCCGGCCGUGAUUUAGAAGUCAGAAAUCCACCCCCCCCCUACCCCCCCCAAAAAAAAAAAAAAAAAACGCGUCCAUUGCAGUCCACGUCUGAGAGACUCAUAGGUGCGGCGAGGCUACGUGGUGUUGUUCCGUGGAGCAAAACGAGCGGAGUCGAGAUUUUAAAUGUUCUAACAGUACCGCGCCGCUUUGAGAGCGCACGAGAGAGGCGAAGGAGUGCAAAAACCGGGAUUUGCAACCAAUUCCCAGCCUUUUUCAUUCCCAUUCGAUUCCGGUCACGCUAUCAAGCUGUGUUCUUUAACCAUGGGAUGUACUUUGAGCGCAGAGGAGAGGGCGGCUCUGGACCGGAGCAAAGCCAUCGAGAAGAACCUCAAGGAAGACGGCCUCACCGCGGCCAAAGAUGUCAAGCUGUUGCUGCUCGGGGCUGGAGAGUCAGGGAAAAGCACCAUCGUGAAACAGAUGAAGAUCAUCCACGAGGAUGGUUUCUCUGGUGAUGAUGUAAAGCAGUACAAGCCUGUUGUUUACAGCAACACCAUCCAAUCUCUGGCUGCCAUUGUCCGUGCCAUGGAUACACUGGGCCUUGAGUAUGGAGAUAAAGAGAGGAAGGCGGAUGCCAAGAUGGUAUGUGAUGUGGUUAGUCGUAUGGAGGACACAGAGCCUUACUCCACCGAGCUGCUGUCCUCCAUGAUGCGUCUCUGGUCCGACUCGGGGAUCCAGGAAUGCUUCAGCCGGGCUCGGGAGUACCAGCUCAACGAUUCAGCGCAGUACUACCUAGACAGCCUAGAUCGGAUUGGCGCUGCAGACUACCAGCCAACAGAGCAGGACAUUUUGAGGACCCGGGUGAAGACUACGGGCAUUGUGGAGACACACUUUACCUUCAAAAACCUCCACUUCAGGCUGUUUGAUGUCGGAGGCCAGAGGUCAGAGAGGAAGAAGUGGAUCCAUUGUUUUGAGGACGUCACUGCCAUAAUUUUUUGCGUAGCACUCAGUGGAUACGACCAGGUGUUGCACGAGGACGAGACCACGAAUCGCAUGCAUGAGUCUUUGAUGCUGUUUGACUCAAUCUGCAACAACAAAUUCUUCAUCGACACCUCCAUCAUCCUCUUCCUCAACAAGAAAGAUUUGUUUGCAGAAAAGAUAAAGAAGUCGGCGCUUAGCAUCUGUUUCCCUGAGUACACAGGACCAAACACCUAUGAGGAUGCAGCAGCUUACAUCCAAGCACAGUUUGAGAGCAAGAAUCGGUCCCCAAAUAAGGAAAUCUACUGUCACAUGACCUGCGCCACAGAUACAGGGAACAUCCAGGUUGUGUUUGAUGCCGUGACCGAUAUCAUCAUCGCCAACAACCUCCGAGGAUGUGGCUUGUACUAAGCACCCCCAUGUAACAUCCCCACUCACCCGCUCCUUCCUUUCUCCUAACUGUCCUCUUCCACCUCGUCCUCCUCCUCAUCCCUCUUCCUCUGACACUGCUGUGGAAAUGAUGAUGGUAAUGUUGGUGUUUAUUUAAAAAAAAAAUAAUAAUAAAGAGAAAAAUACAACUAGGUACAUUAAUAUUAAUGAGAAUAAUUAUAUAUAAAAUGAUAGACACACACACACACACAUAUAUAUAUAUAUAUAUAUAUAUAUAUAUAUAUAUAUAUAUAUAUAUAUAUAUAUAAAUAUAAUAUGUUUUUAAUCUUUGUCCCUUGCUCUGGCUACUCCCCUGAUGCUCUCUGGCUUGCUGCCAAACAAACAAAUAACGAAAUGUGUUUUAGAAGGAAACACAAAACUGCAGCCUUGAAAACUUGAGAACAAAGUUGAUGAAAGUCUCUCUUCUAAUCUAAUUUUCCUUUGCAGUGUUGUCUUUGUUGCUAACGAAAUAUCUUUUUUUAUUACCUUGGAUAUGAAUUGUUUUAUUUUUGUUGAUUUUGUCUAUAUUUAUUACAUCAGCCUGUACACAGAUUUGUAUUCACAUUUUGUCUCACCUGACACAUAUGUUGUAUAUUAUUAUGUUUCUUGAUACAGUAGUGUUUAUGUAGGAACAAUUUUGAAUAAAUAUGUGAAAAUGUCUAUCACUUAAAGAAUAUUGAACAGGUCGGCCAAUCAAAACCUUUGAAAAACACUCAAGACCUGCUGAAACUGUCAAACACAGAUUAAUUUAACAUUUGUCUUUUGUUUACAUUAUCAGAGACACUUUGGAGCCCUUAAUUGCACAUUUCCUUUUCAAAUUGUAUGACUUUACUGUUCCACAAAGAGUCCUGACAUAGACAGGAAGUGAGGCGUUCUCUUUCUUUAGCUGGCUUUCGCCUGACAGCCAAUGGUGACACAUGGCGGUACUGUACUGUAGAUAGCAAUGCCUUUAGAAGUGAGUACACGUUAUAACUACCUUUCUCACUAUUAUAACCUCUACUAAUAUUCUCGGUGUGCGGAAGUUCGCUCCUGGUUUGAAAACUGUUGAUUAAUUUAUUAACUUAUUUAUUGAUGAUCACAUUCUGUCUCAGACAUACUUUUACAGUAUAUAUCAGAGCCUCUGUUUCUCUACAUUUACAGUAUAAACCGUCAUGCCUUUACGUCUCUCAGCUCCAUCCAUGCAUGGCACCCUCGCAUCCGGCUCUUGUUGGAGGUGGGGCAGGGGGUGAGAUUGUCAUAAGGGGUCAAAAGCCCUCGCUCCCUCCUUCCUCCUGUCAAAGCCCUUGACAAGGAUAGCAUGACAUUACUGAAACCGUUGUAUAAAGUUACUCCAAAACCGGAAGAAGAAAAAAAAAGAUCCACCUAGAUAUUGUUCAUAUUUUUUUAAAAAGUCAUAAAAAUGGAAAAACAAAUAAAAGCACUUAAAAAAAUACAAAUAUAUCAAUCAAUCAAAUGGCAAGAUGAGAGCCGUAAUUGAAAGGAGAGAGAUAGUUGUGAAUAUUCUCAUUCCAGGCAUUGAAUCGAUAGCAACUUGACUGCUUUGGUUGUGUUAGAAAUCAAGUUAAGUUUAUUUGUACAGCCCUUAAUUACAAAAGAGUCUCAAAAGGCUUUGAAGAUGUUUGGUGGUCGCGCCACUUGAGAGCCAAAAGUGGCCACAGGUGUCUACUUUCAGUUGCCUCGACCACCAUUGUUACAACCAAAUGGAAUAUUAACGAGAGUGAUAAAUAGUUGUGUUUCCACACCAAUAGGCUAAAGCUGUCCUAUCUACCCAAUGCGCAUGAACUGAGUAUAGCCUGUUUGGAUGAGAGGCAAAUGUUUUCUAAGACAACCACAACACUCUAGUUGCGAUCGAUCCUAUGUCCUGAGAAGGAGAGAGAUGGUUUCUUCUUGAAUGCAUCCAACUACUGUUUAAUCAAGUAUGACAAGGUUUUGAAAAUUGAAUGGUUCUGUUUGACACUGUUGGAACGAUACAAGCAUAGAUUUUGCAAUUCUUGUAGUAACAUCAAUGUAAAACUGUUUUUAAAAAAAAAUUAAAAAUCAACAUUUUUGAAAAUCACACCUUGGACAAAAAUGGAACCACAGAAAUGAACAUGGGUAUUACAUACCCAUCACGAGGAUCCUGUAAAAUUCUACAAUAUUUCCUGUGCUAUGUAGCUACAGAACGUUUUUUUCCUCUAGUUAUAUCCCUUUUGUAAAAUAAACUAUGUUUUGCAAUUGUUUCCAGAUAGACAGCAAGCUGAUUUGGAGCCGCAGUGUUCCCAAAGGACAAUGUGUUGUAAUGCUUUGAACUGUGCCCCACCUCCCUCUCUCUUGUUACUGUUUUGCCUGUUUCCCUGCAUUAUCACUUUAGCCGGACUCAAAAUGAUUCAUUUAUAUUAUAACAAUAUCUAUUUUUUAUUAUUUCAGACAAAUAAAACAGUUAUUUGGGUGGGAGCGCAUUUCUUGCUGCAUCUGCUUGUUAGUGAUUAUGUAUAAAAAAAAAUCCCCCCCCCCCCCCUGUGGCUAAUUAGUUUGGCACACACCUUUCAGGUCUACAAUGAAAAGCACAGUUCUCACAUCACACACACACACGAUACGUAAAUAUCAAAAUUUAUUAUCUUGCCUUGCCUAUAUGUUAGCCCUCAUCAAUCUAUCAAAAUAUCUAUGUAGCCCUCUCUUGUCCUCUUGAUUUCAAGUUUUUAAGAGAAAGCAAAAGUGUUUAAUGACAUAUAUGUUUUUUGGCAUUCUGUUGCCUUCUGUCUUGAUAGCUUCAUUUUUUUUAACAUUCUGUUCUCAAAUCAGUGAAUGUUUUUUUUUCAGUGCAGCUUUUUCUCUCUCUCCCUCCUUCUUUAGUGAAUGGUUGUUAUUUCAUUUGGGAUGUC